AUGACAGAUUUUUUUUACAUCCAAGUUCCUGCUGAUGUAAGAGUCUUGUAAUUGUCUGGAACUUCUCUAAAUAAGAAUCAAUUAGAUUAAGUUUAUAAAUGUACCAACCUUCUCAAAUUAGAUUUAUCCAAUUGUAAUCUAAUUUGCUUUCCAAAUCUUAAGAAAUUAAUUAAUUUAAGAAUUCUAUACUUACAUUAGAAUCAUAUAACAUCACUUUAAGUAGAACCAAUUUUAGGAUGUAAUCAAUUAAAUUAUCUCACAUUGUUUUUAAAUCCAGUUUCAGCAUAGUGUUCUCUUAGAAGAUAAGUUAUAACAUAUAUCAAAACACUUUGGGCAUUUGAUUUUAAUGCAAUAACAGAUGAAGAAAAAUAUAAAGAAUUAAGUUUAAAAUAAUCAACAGAAAAAAGUAGACUUCCUUGGCCCAUUAUAGGUACUCCAAAAGAAUUCAAAGAUUCAUCAUAGAUUAUUUUAUUACUUUGGUAAGAAUUAGAUGUAAUCAGAAAGAUUUGGCAAAAAUGUUCUAUCAUUUUAACUAUUCAAAGGUAUAUCAAAAGUUUUCUAACUAGAAGAAAAUUUAAGAAUAUAGUUCUAAAAUAAAUGAAAAUAUAGUAUAUUAAUCUUAAUAUUUAGAGCUUUAGUAAAAUAAGCAAUCAAACAUUGGAUUACCUAUACAAAAAAUAAAAGAGAUCUUAAUUAUCUAUUAGGUAAUUAAUAUAGCACUUAAUUCGAAAAAGUUAAAGUUAUGGUUCAAAAUUAUAGAUAAAGAAAAGGAAAAACUAUUAAGGAAUUAAAAAGUGCAAGAAUUAUUUAUAGAUCAUUUAAAUCUUUUUAUUAGAAUCAAAAACUUUAACUAGAAUCUAUUGGUAAUUUAUAGAAUCUCUAUUUCUAUAAAGAAUAAUUAAAUUUAUUCAAAUAAAUUCUAAAUAGAUUAUUUAAUAAACCAGAAAUAAGAGCCAUCAUUGAAUAGACACCUCUUUUGUAAGAAGAUUUCUUAAAACCCAAUAAAAUUUAUGAUUCUAAUGUUUUUACUUAUAGAUUGCCUAAUUAAUUUAAUUUAAUUAAUAAUCCCAUUUAUUUUAAAAGUAUGCUUACAUAUCCUGCCUCUUUGGCUAAAAUAAGUUGUUGCUUAUAGGCACUAAAAUUAAGUAUUAUUAAAAAAUGGACAUCAAUAACUAAAUUUUCAUAGGAUGUUCAUACCUAUUCAUACUUAUAAAAAUAUGAUGAAUUGAUGCCUGCUAGAAAACCAUACUUUAUUAUGUAUAAAUUACCAAAAUAGGAUAAAAUUAAAUUUAAAAAGAGUCUAAAACAAAUUGAUAAAUUUUAAUAAAGAGAAUAUAGAUAAUUGUAUGUCAUUAAUUUAAGUAAAGAACUUCUUCCUUUGGUAAUUAAAUGCAUAAUCUUACACAAUAAGAAUCAUCCAUCUUAAAUUUUUAUAACAAUAUUUGAAAAAUAAUUGAAAGAAGCAGUAGCUGCUCUCAAGAUAUAAAGAUAAUUUAGAGCUUAUUAAGAUGUAAAGAAGAAUGGAAAAACUUUAUAUGAAAUAAUUAAUAUCUUAGUAAAAGAAAGAUCUCUGUUAAUUUUAUAGAAAUGGUUUAAGGAUUUGAAAAUGAAUCAUAGAACUAUUUUUUUUAAGAUGAUUUCUUAUAGACUUAAAUAAAUCACACAAAAUGUUUUAUAUCUUAAUUACUCAAUUUAUAUACAAUUAAGUAAGUGUAAUUCAAGACUAUAGUUUAUCGAAUAAAAAGCUAUGUUACAUUUGAUUAAUUAUAAAUUUACAGCAUCUCUUGAAUGGCUUCCAAAAAAAAAUAUCAUUCCAAUUUGGCUAAGGAAAUAAAUAACUCAGUAAGAGGAAGAUUUUUAAGAAGAAUAUGCUAUCUUAAAAAAUUGUGAUAUAUAUCAUUUAUUACAUUUUGAAACUCAAUGUGAAAUUAAGAAUUUAUUUAACUAAAUGUGGAUUCAAUUUACAUUUCCUUAAAAUGAUUAAUUAAAAUUAAGAUUAUUGUUUUUAGCUUUAUAUACAUAUUCUUUUAAAUACUAAUGUUUUGUAUAAUUGUAUUAAGAAAAUGAAUUGUUAGAACAAAAUUAAAAAAUAAAGUAAAAUGAUGAAAUAUUGAUAAAAACAUAUCAAUUAUAAUUAUUUACAUAUAGUGUAGAAAAUUGUGAAAUUCCAAGUAAACCUUCAAUAUGGCUAUCAACUUAGAUAUCUGAUAAAAUAAAUAAUGAAGUAGAAGUGAGAUUUUAUAAAAAUGGUAUAGAUUAGAAAAGUAAAAAGAAAAAAAACAUUUCUAAAUUACCAGGAUGUGAACAAAUUACAUCAUAUCUUUAUUUCAGUCAAAUAAAACACUAAGAGAAUUAAAUUACUUUUUCUUAAAUUAAAUAAAACUGUCCUACUGCAUCUACAAAUAUCAGAACAAUUACUUAAAUAGAUAAACCAAAAACUGCUCUAUAAACCUAUAUAUUUUAAUAAGAUAGUUUCGAGUAGGAACAAAACCCGAUAGAAAGAUAGUAAUAAAGAUUAAAAUUAGUUACGAUUUCCACUCGUUAAAAUUUAAGAGCAAAGUCUGUUAUGAAUAGAAAAUAAACACAGCAGAUUGAAUUACCAACAUUUUUAUAAUCAUAAAGUUUUAAUCUAAGUAAUAGUGUUGUAAGAUAAUAAAAUUAACCAGAUAUGUCUAAAUAAAUGUAAUAUUGGGAAGAUAGAGAAAAUUAAUAAAGAUAAUAAAUAAAAAAAUAAAAUUUUGAUAAAAGAUAGGCAAAAUUGUAAAUCCAUAAUGAUAGAUCUUUUUAUCAAGAUUUUAGUAUUGGAUAGAAUCUUAUUAGUAGAUAAGGUGAUAGACAUUUACAUAGAUUAUAUUAAAAGAAAUAGUAGGAGAUAUCAUAACAACAUGUAUAAUAAAUCAAAGAACAUUCAAACAAUAUUAAAGAGAUUUAAGCGAUGAAUAACAAAAUGAAAUUGUAAGCAAUUAAAGAGGCUAAUACUUAAUAUAAGGCUUCUUUAGAAAAGCCAGAGUAAUAACAAAGAUUUAUCUAAAAGAACUAAACAAAAAAAGUAGGAAUAGCAAAUAAGUAUAUCCAUUCUGUUUUACCUGAAGAGAUAUUUCCAAUUAAAAUUGAGUUUGAAAAUAUAUGA